GCGCCUGAAUCGGAAAUGAGGGAGACAACUACUGAUUCCACCAACCUCUCGCCAUUUGAUCAGCUCGCUACACCUUAUUCACUUGUUAAGAUUCUGCCGUCCUCCCUUCUAGUGGCGUCUCCUGUGAAAGUGCUACCGGUCCAUGCACACCUUCUUAUGUAUCUGCAUAGAUAUGAUUUCAAUCAGGUGAGCUUUCCGUGCGUUUCACCUUCACAGGUUAUCUACGCCCUUUCAAGAUUGUAUGCAGUUCUCAAGAGCGACGUCGGCGCUUUGUUUGUGCUGGCUCUGGCCGCAUCACCCACGGCAUCAAAAGGACCAUCAGAUUCAGCGUCUGGAGCUAGAGAGUUGCCGCGGUUUGCGUCCUGUGACUUCCCGAUUCUCUUUGGCACGAGUGAGCGACUUACAUCCCAUUGCUUUUCAAUUGUCAUGCUAAGUAUUUCUGGAUCACUCUCAGAGUGUGCUGUGAGCACACUGCUUUAUCGUUUUUUCCCCGAAGGUCUAGCAGAUCUCCUGGCGCGGCAUUACCGUUGCCUAAUGGCUGGAGGUUGCGAUGAUUUCGCACACCACUCAACCAUGGACGAGAUUGGGCGCAUAGUCAACGUUCGAAUGCCUAGCCUCCUGGACGUCCUGCUCUUCAUCUGUCUCACAUUCCUCCUCUCCCUGUCACUCCCCUCAGAGCCUGCUGCCACCUCGGCUGCCAACGCAAAUGUUCGCCUCGUGGCUGCUGAAUUGCUUCAACUUGUCACUGAAGCAAGUUAUAAAUGCCAGAAAUCCAGAACUGGUCCAAAUGCUAUACUUUCUCCUCUUUUACUUUUGCAGAAACUGCUCCACCUUGCUGCCAUUUUUGCUUCUUCGGAGGCGGGAAAGUUGACGUUGGAUACUCAAAAAGACGAAACUGGAAUGACGGCACUUGUCGCCAUACUUUAUGACUCAGGUUCGUCGUGGAUUGACGCGGUGAUUCAGAGGUCGGGCCUGUCACAAGCUGUUCUUCAUUGUCUUGCUACGUCUACCGAGCUUACGCACAUCUAUGACAGCCUCAACACGGUAGAUGAUGCGAGUCUGCCACUUUGUCUACGUCUCUUGAAAUACAACGAUAGCACUGAGAGUUUGGCCGAAUUGUCGUGUCUCCUCCAAAUCACUCGCCAUCUACUUCAGCUCACAGCUCCACGUGACUUGUCGCUGAAAAAAUCUCCUCCUCUCAAUGCACCGUCUAGCAAUCGCUCAAACAAAACUCCUCCCACAGCCACCAAGACUGCUUCAAAGAAAUCAACCAACCAACCUUCCUCCGCCCCACCACGCGUUCACUUUUCUGGAGCCCUUCCUUGGUGUCCGUCACAAAUUCCUAUUCUUGAUUCGACUCUGAGAAGCUUAACCACUCUCACUCCUUCACCAACGCUUCUUGCCGUCCUCACAUCCCACUUCCUCGGAUCUGAUUCAUCCACCACGCACCCACGUUCACGCCAUGUUGCCACACAGGUACUGUUGUUGAACACUCUGCGACUGGGACUGUGCCCCACAGCUCGUGUUGAUCUGCAUCCUCUGUGGUUUACUUUUCUGCGAGAGAGUUUGGUUUACUGGGGCCCGGCGACUGCCCUAUUGAUCAAUCUGGUGGCUUCACAGAUGUCUGUGAUUUUGCAGAUGCUUGCGGAGCCCUUCUGUUACACCAUGCUGCCUGCGAGAGUGAAUGGACGAACGCCCUCAACAUCAGACUACCCCGCUGACUACACUCUACAACUUCUUGAUUGUCUGCGUGGUAUCACUCACACCUUCCUCCUUCCUUUCGGCCAGUCGAAAUUUAAUCUUUUGCAUGGAAUGACACUGGGUGCCACCGCUUUUGCUCGCAAUUGGUCGCCUCCUUUCACUAGACACUCGCCUACUCAUCGUAGAAAACAUUCAUGCAAUUUAUCGUCUAACUUUAAAACUACCUUCUACCUUUUUCUAGGUACAUGUCCCUCAUUCAUUGGCUGUGAAACACCGGAGGUGCUUCGGGAUUCCAUCCGGGUCGCGGAGGUACUGAGAGCCUUUCAUGUACAAAAUCAACGGAAUUUUGAUUUCGGACCCCUAGGUCCUCUACUUCACCGUAUGCAGCGGGCCUCCCUGGGGAGCGAGUCACCAUCCUCCGCCCUCCAGAUACCUUUUAUUUUCACGUCAAAGGACCUGCUAGGCACAGAAGUUAUGCCUGACUCCGACGAUUUAGCCCAAUGUUGGGCGAGAGCACGCGCUGAGACUUGUUACGUUUUCCCAACUAUCCUUGCUAGCCUCGCCACAGUCUGGUUGGCUCUGAACCAAUCUUGUAAUUUUGCCAUCUCCUUACCUUCGACUUCUUCGGGUGGCGAUCUUAAAGCCUCAUUUGAGACCGGUAUUGAUGCGUUGUGCAGCAGUACUACUUCUCAAAGCGGCACAGAUUCGGCUCACCUUCGUUGUGGCUUCGAUCGUCUACCAGCCCUUACCGCUCUCGGUCAUCCUGAGGUGGUGCGUCGAGCGAUCGACAACUUCCUGGAGCCAAUAGCUCUUACCCAUCCCAACCUCUUUUUCGCUGCCUUGGCUUAUGUCUGGCCGCCUCCUGGUGGAGCGAACAGUGGCUUGGGUGGUAGUAGUGACCUCAUGUGGCUACUUUCCCCUUCCUCCACAGGUCUUCCACUGACUCCGCGUCAAUGUGCCCUUGUUAGUCUCGUUAGUGGUUCAUUUCGGGGCUUCCAGGAGUGUGGGAAUAGAAACGGAAGCUACGUUACUCUCUCUAUCGACCCCGGCAAACCAGAGCAACCAGUGGGGCUGCUAAGGCCAGGCCAAGCUGUGAAAACCCUUCGAAAUCUAUUGCGAUCGCCACCGGCUUCUUUAGCACUAGCUUUUGCCCUGGAUCUGGCCCACAGUGAGGCUCUGACAUCUUUGUCGGUUGAGGGAACUCUGCCUCCGCAGAUUAUGCAGUCGUCGUUAUUACAUUUCUUGUACGUAUGGAUAGUCACUACAGGUGGGAUUGGGUGUGGCUCCUUCCAAUCGGCAAAUAUUCAGGAUUUCUUGCGCGACGUUGCUCCUCUGACAUCAAUCUCAGCUGCAAUUUCAACCACUUCCAGCCUGGGUACUGCCAUCACUUCACCCAUCGCCGUUUUCGUAUUGGUUAAAAUCUUCAAUGAAGUCAUUACUACUCUGUCCAAUAAGGACGAAAAACGGGAUCAGAAGGAUCUACAAAAUCAAGCUAUUCUCAUCCCUUCACAAGGUUUCUUGGUCUCCUCGCAGGACGUUUGCCAGCGUCUGAUGGAGACAACUGCCUCUAUAGCCGGUACAGCAUUGGAACAGGCAACUUGGUUCCGCCGCGGUCUCCAGGUCCGUUCUACAAUCACCACAGCAACAUCAACAUCUGCAGCUGAUGUACCGGGUAGCCUUCGUCCAUCUGACUUUAUGCAUUCCGUGGCUUCAGAAUCAUCUCUGGUAGAGAUUAGAUCCAAUGGUAAUGCACCAUUCAAUAUGCCUCAUGGCUCGCAGGAGCUCCUCUCUUCUGGUAACCGAGAUUCGACUUCAAACUCCGUCUACGUGAAGGAGGAUCUGUCUGUUUUAGCCCUCAAGAUUCUUGCUGAGGUGCGUCUGAGCCCAACUUUACAUUCUUAUUCCUUACAGCUUGUACUUUUUCAAUCUUCUGUAUUUUUACUCUCUUGGGUGCAGCACAUGGCGGUGUUCUUUGAUGUGGUCUACAAGAGCGAUGAGAAGGAUCGUGUUCCGUCUGCUCUUAACAAUGGCAUUCUCACCAACAUUCUUCCCUUCUUAAAGUCGCAUAACAUCGCCAACGCCUGUCACUACACAGCGGCAAGUCAAGUACUGGCCUCUUUGAGCUCUUAUCAAUUUACCCGUCGUGCCUGGAGACGCGAGGUGUUCGAGCUCUUUAUCGACUCCACCUUCUUCCAAGCCUCUGCGUUGGCUCUUCACAGUUGGCGCGCUGUAGUGGACAAUCUAAUGACACAAGAGAAGAACACCUUCAAGGAAGCCCUGACUCGCCUGACUGUGUCACAGGGCACAGGAUUGAACAUUUUCUCCAGCAAGGAGGCUGAAUACGAACAACGUGCGGCGCACCUCAAGAAGGUCAAUUUCAUUGUAUUUUCCAGUGAACGCGAACAGUACUCACGUUCUGUCUCAGAGAUCCUCGAACGGCUAACUGAUAACCUUCGUGCGAUAACAGAUGUGAACGUGCCUAUUCUUACGCAAAUCUUUCUCUGUGCUCGUGUCCUCAUUGCGAGGAUUUCAGCAGACUCCCUUGCGUCACUAUGGUUCAUUGUCAUUCCAGAAUUGGUGCGUGUAUUCCGGAUAUUUGCAGAGCGAUGCAACGGCGGGUCCAAAAAGCACCCGGCGUUGAGCUUCAACGAUCUGCAGAAACUGCCCCAAGCACAAUUAACCCUUCUUCUGUCUGCAUGCAAACUCCUCGCCACAAUCCUUCUACUUCCCGAAUCCGCUAUCCCCCAACUUCUCUUCCAUCGAUGGGUGUUUGUUUGCCGUCGAAUAGAUGAGGGGUCUGCUACAGAGGUGGAGGAGGAAGGAAGCCAAUCAAACGGUACUUUCCAACCUCUCAUGAGUCAAAUCUCGUGUGGUUUAACCUCAAUCUACCAAAAUGAAAACCAAAUUUACACCACUCAAUUGCUGUCAAUGACAAAUGCUUACUACUUCAUCCUCUCCACCAAGAGCGUGACCACGUUUGAGCCUCUUGAGCUCUUCUUUAGAAGCCUCGGUGAAAAGCGAGCUGUCCCGACGACAUCCGGGGAAGUUAUCGACGAAGGUGCUUGGUUCACAAACCAGGUGUUGGAGGUGUCGCUGUUCAACGAGUUUCCUGAGUCUAUGGCAGCCUCAAAGUGA